GCACUAGGACCUUGCAGACGUCACAGCACAGUUGGGUCUUGUAAAUGCGCCAUGAAUCUGUAUGAGUAGCUUGUAAAAACGGAAUGUCUCUGUGCUGACAGGCCCAAGUCUAAACGUUAUAAAUUCAACACAGUAGCAUUUGAGGAAGAAAGACUACGAUAUAUCGGCAAACCAAGAUGGAGUGCGAGUGGAAACCAGAUGAGCAAGGACUUCAGCAAAUUCUACAGCUUUUGAAAGAGUCCCAGUCUCCCGAUACGUCCACUCAAAGAUCCGUCCAGCAAAGAUUGGAACAGCUCAACCAAUACCCAGACUUCAACAACUACUUGAUAUUCGUGCUAACGAAGUUGAAAUCAGAAGAUGAGGCGACCCGCUCUCUUAGUGGUCUGAUCCUAAAGAACAAUGUGAAGGCCCACUACCAGAACUUCCCCAAUGGAGUGUCUGACUUCAUUAAGAGCGAGUGUCUACAGAACAUUGGAGACUCCUCGCCCCUCAUCCGGGCCACCGCGGGUAUCCUCAUCACCACCAUUGCCUCCAAAGGGGAGCUGCAGAACUGGCCCGAGCUGUUGCCCAAACUCUGCCUCCUACUGGACUCUGAGGACUACAACACCUGUGAGGGGGCGUUUGGCGCUCUUCAGAAGAUCUGUGAGGACUCAGCAGAGAUCUUGGACAGUGACGUGUUGGACCGUCCGCUCAACGUUAUGAUCCCAAAGUUCCUGCAGUUCUUCAAACACAGCAGCCCCAAGAUAAGGUCUCAUGCCAUCGCCUGCGUCAACCAGUUCAUCAUCAGUAGGACUCAGGCCCUAAUGCUGCACAUCGACGACUUCAUCGAGAACCUGUUUGCCCUGGCGACUGAUGAGGAGCCAGAGGUGAGGAAGAACGUUUGCAGAGCUCUGGUCAUGCUGCUGGAAGUCCGCAUGGACCGUCUCCUACCGCACAUGCACAACAUCAUAGAGUACAUGCUGCAGAGGACUCAGGACCAGGAUGAGAACGUGGCUCUGGAGGCCUGUGAGUUCUGGCUGACACUGGCUGAACAGCCUGUCUGUAAGGAUGUGCUGUGUAACCACCUCUCCAAGCUGAUUCCGGUGCUCGUCAACGGGAUGAAGUACUCCGAGAUCGACAUCAUUCUGCUCAAGGGUGAUGUGGACGAGGAUGAUGAUGAGGCCAUCCCUGACAACGAGCAGGACAUCAGGCCCAGGUUCCACCGCUCCCGUACUGUUGCCCAGCAGCACGAGGGCGACCGCGAUGGCAUCGAGGACGAUGACGACGAUGACGAUGAUGAUGACCUGGACGAUGAUGACACCAUCUCUGACUGGAACCUCCGUAAGUGUUCAGCAGCAGCGUUGGACGUGUUGGCAAACGUGUUCAGAGACGACCUGCUCCUCCCCAUCCUGCCUCUCCUCAAAGAGCUCCUCUUCCACCCAGAGUGGGUCAUCAAGGAGUCUGGUAUACUGGUCCUGGGGGCCAUCGCUGAGGGUUGUAUGCAGGGUAUGAUCCCCUACCUGCCAGAGCUCAUCCCCCACCUGGUGCAGUGUCUGAGUGAUGAGAAGGCCCUGGUGCGCUCCAUCACCUGCUGGACCCUGAGUCGAUAUGCCCACUGGGUGGUCAGCCAGCCUCCUGACACCUAUCUGAAGCCACUGAUGACUGAGCUCCUCAAACGCAUCCUGGACUCCAACAAGAGGGUGCAGGAGGCCGCCUGCAGUGCCUUUGCCACUCUGGAAGAGGAGGCGUGUACAGAGUUGGUUCCCUACCUGGCCUACAUCCUGGACACUCUGGUGUUUGCCUUCAACAAGUACCAACACAAGAACCUGCUUAUACUGUACGAUGCUAUAGGGACGCUCGCUGACUCCGUUGGACACCACCUCAACAAGCCGGAGUACAUUCAGAUGCUGAUGCCUCCACUGAUAGCAAAGUGGAACCAGCUGAAGGACGAAGACAAGGAUCUGUUCCCUUUACUAGAGUGCCUGUCGUCAGUAGCCACAUCUCUCCAGAGUGGUUUCCUGCCCUACUGUGAGCCUGUGUACCAGCGCUGUGUCAACCUGGUGCAGAAGACCCUCGCUCAGGCCAUGCUCCACCAGUCCCAGCCAGACCAGUACGAGGCUCCUGAUAAGGACUUUAUGAUUGUGGCUUUGGACCUGCUCAGUGGACUGGCCGAGGGGUUGGGCGGCAACAUCGAGCAGUUGGUUGCCCGUAGCAACAUCCUCACGCUCAUGUACCAGUGCAUGCAGGACAAAAUGCCGGAGGUGCGGCAGAGCUCCUUUGCUCUGCUGGGUGACCUGACUAAAGCUUGUUUCCAGCAUGUAAAGCCAUGCAUCGCUGAUUUCAUGCCUAUACUAGGCACUAAUCUGAACCCAGAGUUGAUAUCAGUGUGCAACAAUGCAACGUGGGCAAUCGGAGAGAUAUCUAUACAAAUGGGGGCUGAGAUGCAGCCCUAUGUGACCAUGGUGCUGCACCAGCUGGUUGAGAUCAUCAACAGGCCCAACACCCCAAAGACCCUGCUGGAGAACACAGCAAUAACAAUUGGUCGUCUUGGUUACGUUUGUCCUCAAGAGGUGGCACCCAUGCUACAGCAGUUUAUAAGACCCUGGUGCACCUCUCUAAGGAACAUAAGAGACAAUGAGGAAAAAGACUCAGCGUUCCGAGGCAUCUGCACUAUGAUCAGUGUCAACCCUGGAGGAGUGGUACAGGACUUUAUAUUUUUCUGUGAUGCAGUUGCCUCGUGGGUAAAUCCAAAGGAUGAUCUGCGAGACAUGUUCGGCAAGAUCCUCCAUGGGUUCAAGAACCAGGUGGGCGAGGAUAACUGGAGGCGUUUCUCAGACCAGUUCCCACUGCCUCUGAAGGAACGGCUGGCGGCCUUCUACGGGGUGUAAUGCUUUCCAUAGGAACAUACCUGUUCAAGGGGGUCAUUCACUAUGGGAGACGACUGACGGGGAACCUCUUAUACCCAGGGAACAUGUUACCCUUUACUGGGGGUAGGGUCUGCCAGCUGGGGAGGGAAGGGGGUGCGGACCAGGACCCUCCUCAACCUUCUUGACGGGCGGGGUGGGAGGGAGGUGUUAGCCAGCAGAGGCAGUCAACGCCCCCCAAGCAACAGGCGAGGGGGACACGGGGGAACCAGCAGGCUAACUUAAUCAAGGGAGGAAACAUUUAUUUAAUCAUUUCAACAUCUCAUUCAGAAAUGAAAAGACAUUGUCAGCGUAACCAUUUUUGUUUUCUCUUUUUAUUUUAUUUGUCAUUCGAGCUCUCCAGCGACUCUACUACUGAGUGGACAUUUGAAUCAAAAUGCAGGAAAAAAAACAAUGCAAAACUUUGUAAAUGCUUCUGUUGUUUAGUUGUGGUAAAAUCAUGACUUUAUACUUACCGGGGGGGGAUAGUGCUGAUUGAGGGUCCGAUUUCAGUUAAGAGCUUAUAAAUCUAUUCGUAUCGACCGGAAAGUGCCACUCAGAGAUAAGUGUAGGGGGAGCGAAUGUAGAACUAGAGAGAAUGAUACCGACCAUAGAAUUGAUAUGGGGGUGGUUAUUAAAUAGCGUAGCAGGCAUAGAAAUGACAUUAAAAGUCUCAAAGAAAACAACAUAGCAGCUGUCCUCAACUGCCGGGGGGGGGACAAACGGCCUUUGCAUAUCUUCGAAUAACAAUAGCAGGCUAUCUUUUAUUGUAGUCAUCAAUCAAAGCAAUUGCAUUGAGUUAAUGAAAUAAAAAUGGGUAGUGGCAUAUUUAAAGUAAUAGAGUAAUAAACAGUAUUUUUAUGGCAGGUCAGAAGCUGUGUUGAAUAAACCAUUCAGUCAAACACGUCAGACAGAAAGAGUGCAUAUGAUUCUAUAUUUGUUGUGGUUGAAAGUGACUUGUCUUAAAAACAGGAAAAUAACUAAGUAGCAUGCUUACAUCAAAGUGGUAAGUGGGUAAGGAGGGUGUACAUCAGUAGAGUGAUCUGUGUGUUGCAUCAUCAGAUAGUUGUGGUAUUUCUUGCAUAGCCUUGUGAUAAGGUUUCUUAAAUGAGCAUGGAGUUUGUCCUUUUUCAGUUUUCUGUCUGCCACCACCCCCUAUGUUUACCAGACGUUUUCCAGUCAGUGUCUAGCAUACAUACAAUAUAGAAACAUACAAGUCUGAUAUUGAUAUUCUCAUCUAGUUGAAUCCAUAUACUGUAGCAGGGUUUUGGUUGUGAUUCUAAAAAGAGACCUUGAACACUGCUACAUACAUGUUAAAACUGUGAGGUAAACUCUCAGGCUGCCUCUGUCCUGUGGUGUGGAAGUGACGUGUUCUGUGUGGAUGUUUUACUAGCUGCCAUAAUAUCAGCUUUCCUGACCCCGUAUUGUUUUAAAUAUCAAAUUCUGUCUUUCUCACAUUUGUGAAAACAGUACUUGGGCUCGAUUGUGGCAACGUAAGACUAUAUUGUUUAACCGUGUCAAAGGGAGGGGGGUAUGGAAACAGCAUACAGGGCUUUAGCUGAAAAUGUUCACCCUUUUGUUAUUAGGACUGUAACACAAGUCCUCCUGUCUUGAUAGUGUGUCUGUCUGUGACCUUUGUUGGUUGUCAAUCCAAAACUCAACAGUAAGCAAUUGUGUGUAAAAAAAAAAAAAAAAAAAAAAAAAAAAAAAAAAAACGUUUUAUGUACUGUGUUUUUUAAAUUAUUGUUGGUUUGCUUUUUUUGUGAAAAGCAUGAUCUUUGAGGAUGAUUGUAAUGACUGUUUUGAAUGCAAGGUUUUCGAAUGCUUGAUUCCUUGCAUGUUGGUGGUCCUUUUACAUCCCAAACUAGACAGGGGGAGGUGCAUUUCAAUUGAACUAAAAAGUUAAGGAAAUUCUUAUUUAUUCACUACCCCAUUUCGCUGACAUACAAUAUCAGACUUUUAUUUUUAAAGUUCAACUUCUAUCUCAUACAUACCUGCAGGACGAUUUUCCCCUUAACCUAUAACCCACGUGCACAUGUAUUGUUUGUUUUCUUGUUAAAUACUGUGAAGUUAGAACUUAAAGAAAAACAUGUGUUUUUUGUUCCUUUUUGUUUUGGU